GCAGGAUUCCGAGGUCCGCUCACUGGACGCAAGUGGGGCUGCUGAUAGCCGCGGUUAGCACGCUCGGCUGCUUUGUGCUGGCCUCAGGCUUGAGCAUGGCAGAAGGGGACACCCUGAUAUCAGUGGAUUAUGAAGUUUUUGGGAAGGUGCAAGGGGUGUUUUUCCGCAAGUACACGCAGGCUGAGAGUAAAAAGCUGGGAUUGGUAGGCUGGGUCCAGAACACUGACCAGGGCACAGUGCAAGGACAGUUGCAAGGUCCCAUCUCCAAAGUGCGUCAUAUGCAGGAAUGGCUUAGGACAAAAGGAAGUCCCAAGUCACACAUCGACAGAGCAAACUUCAGUAACGAGAAAGUUAUCUUAACGUUGGAUUACUCAGAUUUCCAAAUUGUGAAAUAGUGGCCUGAAUAUAAUUUUUCAGGAUAAAAUAGGUGGUUGUUCUUUAAUGUAGGAGAUAAAACUAUUCUGUGUUCAAUGUUAGAAUUUAUUUAAGUUAUUUUAGUAUACACCAGACAUUUGAAUGUUACUGUAUCUUAUAUGAUGGAGGAAUUACAGUUGGACACAAUUCUAAUCAAUAAAAACACAUUGGAACCUUCUGCGUGGGGUACUUUUAUU